GUUGGAUGGACAUGGUUCAAGUCUCCACUAGCACCUUGACGCCUAGGAAUGCACGUGCGAUUUGUUAGUCCUCCCUUGUGCCGGCGACUGAUUACUCUCAUAUUAUGAAUAGAUACUUAUUAAAUAUAUCUUAUAUUGGGACGGCAUUCAGAGGAAUGCAAAAGACUAUCAACAAGGCGGAAGGGAUUAUCACUGAUGUUCGCACUGUGCAAGGUUUGCUCGAGAUAGGUCUGCGGAAAUUGAAUCCAGUGAAUGAAGUAGAAGUCGUUUUAUCAAGCCGGACAGAUGCAGGAGUUCACGCGCUCCAAACUUCUGUACAUGUUGAUCUCGAAAAUUCCCACGGAGUUGUAUAUCCCACACACUCAAUAACUUCGCUAUUAAAUAGACACUUCAGUAGAGAAGCGCUGCAAAUAAGAGUGAUCAAUACCAUCCAUGUACCUAAUACGUUUCAUAGUCGAUACCAUGCAAAAGGACGAACGUACCUGUAUCGCUUGGCUGUAGCUAAACAAGAUUUAUUUUCAAAGGGUUUAGAUCGUACUGAAGGCUACGUGUCAUUCAUUCCAAUUGAAGAGUUCGAGCGUUGCUUUUUCUUACAGAGGAGUGACUUCGAUGUAGAAGCGUUCAAAGAUGCGGCGCAGUUGUUUGUAGGUCUUCAUGAUUUCCGUACUUUUAUGAAUGAAAAUAAAAGGAAUUUGAGGCAGAAGAGGCCAAGAUUUACAUUAAGGACAAUUGAUAGCUUGACUGUAGAACAAGGUCGAUCAUGUUCUAGUGGAAUAAGUGCAAGAAGAGCUGAAAAGUUUUAUAAUUACUACGAUAUUACUAUUAGCGGCAGAUCUUUCCUACACAAUCAAGUCAGGCGGAUGGUAGGAUGCCUCAUAGGUGUAGCAACUGGCAAAAUAACCAAAAAAGAUGUGUAUGAAAUGGUAACGAUACCAUCGAAACAUAUGUGGAAUUCAAAACUUUCUGUAGCACCCCCUUUCGGACUAUAUUUAUGUAAAGUGCACUACGACGAGAAAGACUUCCAAUUUCCAUCUGAAGAGGAAGAAAAAGAAGACAUCAGCAGCAGUAAUUAAAUAGCAUUGUUCCGAAUCACAUCAUAUUGUCC